GGAAUUAGAAGCAAGACAGACAAGAAAGAACGGAAGCAGACAAUGGGUUAGGUUCCCUACAGGUAAGCAAAGUUUGCUCAACUUGCCUUAAAGUAUAUGGCCCCAUGAGGACUUGAAUAACAAGCAAGGCCAGGCCCCAGGAAAAUGAUGAUAGCACAAGCUCCAGAAAGGUAUUUCCUUACCGUCUAGCUCUCUCUUUGCCUCUUUCCACAGCCAUGGACACAGCUCCCAAUCACUCCGAGCGCACCAGCAACUCAUCUUCCCCCACUGAAAAUGAUGAAGAUGAUGAGUCUAUAUUACUUCCAGGCUUGCCUGAUCACCUUGCCCAGCUCUGCCUCUCAACUCUGCAUCCUUCGCUCCUUUAUGCCGUCUGCCGUCCCUGGCGGCGCCUCCUCUACUCUCCUUGUUGCCCUCCUUUCUUCUCUCUGUAUGCUCUUCUUUCAUCAACAUCCCCGGCAUCAGCUGCGAAUCGCCAGUACUCGAAUUCUGUUGAGUUCUUGUCCCUGGACCCUGUCUCUUCGGCUUGGCGGCAGCUCCCAAGCCCUCCAUCAGACCCGCCACUCCGCCUGCUCCAUCGCCACCCGUCGUUCAUAUCCUGGAACCUUCCGAUCCAAUCCGUGACAGCCUCUGGUCGCCUCGUCCUUAUUGCUGCCACCACUGACCACUUCCUGCCUGCACUCUCUUGUCCAUUAGUCUUUGAUCCCCUGUCCAACUCCAAUCACUGGUUCUCCGGCCCGCCAUUGGCUGCUCCCAGGAGGUGGUGCGCUGCUGGCUCCAUCGGUGGCGCUGUCUAUGUCGCAAGUGGGGUUGGUUCGCAUUACCAGGGUGACGUGGCACGGUCUGUGGAGAAAUGGAACAUGAAUAUGAAGGAUAAGGAGUGGUUCUGGGAGAAGAUGGCAGGGCUUAAAGAUGGUAGGUUCAGCAGAGAAGCUGUUGCAGCUAUUGGAUAUAGAGGGAAACUCUGCAUGGUGAAUGUGAAGGGCAAUGCCAUCAAACAAGGCGGUGUUUACAACGUAGCAGUGAACCAGUGGGAAGACAUGCCCGAGGGAAUGCUGGCAGGGUGGAACGGGCCAGCAGCAGCCACCAUGGAUGGCGGGGAAGAAAUGUACGUGGUAGAUGAGGCAAAUGGCGUGCUGAGCAAGUAUGAUCCUAACAAUGAUACCUGGGAAAUGCUGGUUGAGUCCGCGGAGCACUUGAAAGGUGCUGAACAGAUUGCGGCUGGAAGGGGGAGAGUUUGUGUGGUGUGUGCCAAUGGCAGGCAGAUUGUGGUGGUGGAUGUGGUGGCAAGGCCAACGAGAACAUGGGUUGUUAAUCCACCGUUGGGCAUGGAAGUGAUUUCCGUUCAUAUUUUGCCCAGGAUGAACCAGCUGUCAGAAUAAAGAUAGAAGCUUAGAUGUGUAUAUCAAUAGAUAGAUAGAUAGAGAGAUAGAAUGGUAAAGCUUGGAUUUACAUAAUUACGUGUCAGCUUCUACUCUUCUGUUAUCUUUUCAUCCAUGGAUUGAAAAAUGAUCUGAAACCAACAAGAAGUAAGAAAAGGUAGAGAACAUAUUAACAACAUUAACAUUCUCAACACUAAGUACUACUUCAAAUGACUUCAUUCACACCGUCUUUAUCAAAUCCACAGUCCAGAAUU